AUGGCAAACGAAGAGAUCAAAAUCUUGGGAGGAUCAUGGGCCAUGGUUGGUGGAGAUGGACCUUGUAGCUAUUCACAAAAUUCGACCUAUCAGAGGGAAAUGGCAGAUGCUGCAAAGGGGAUGAUCCAUGGUGAAAUCAUAGAAAAGCUCGACUUCAACAACCCUCAUUUUAAUUCUUCAAACACAUUUCGAAUCGCAGAUUUUGGUUGUUCUGCUGGACCCAAUACAUUCUUUUCAGUCGAGAACAUCAUAGAAGCUGUGGAGCAUAAAUACGAUACCCAACUCCAUAACCCUCCACCCUUAGAAUUCCAAGUUUUCUUCAACGAUGUAAUAGCCAAUGAUUUCAACACUCUCUUCAAUACCCUUCCUUCCUUCCAAAAAUACUUUGCUGCUGGUGUGCCUGGUUCUUUUUACUGUCGUCUGUUCCCAAAAUCCACUCUCCAUCUUGCAUACUCUUCCUAUGCACUCCACUGGCUCUCUAAGGUUCCAAAGGAAGUUGUGGAUAGCAAAUCCCCAGCAUGGAACAAGGGUAGCAUAUUGUGCAGUGGAACUUCAAAAGAAGUAGCAAAAGCAUAUUCAGCUCAGUUCAAGAAUGAUACCGAUACCUUUCUGAAUGCUAGAGCACGAGAGAUUGCGGGUGGAGGAUUGAUGGUAAUCAUAAUUGCUGGCCUUCCAGAUGGGAUCCUUAUGUCUGAGACUGGGACCGGAAUCUCGUAUGAUUUUUUGGGAUCUUGCCUUGCAGACAUGGCCAAAUUGGGAGUGGUUAGUAAAGAAAAGGUGGAUUCAUUUAACCUUCCUCUAUACUAUUCAUCUGCUAAGGAAUUGGAAGAAAUCAUAAGGAGCAAUGGACAUUUCUGUAUCGAAAGAAUGGACAAAUUGAAUCAUCCCAUGUCGCAGAAGAAGCCUAAUGUUGAAUUUCUUGUUUCGCAAUGUAGAGCUACAUUUCAGGGAGUCGUGGAAGACCACUUUGGAAGAGAUCAGCAUGUCGUAGAGAAAAUAUUCCAACAUUUUGCCAAGAAGUAUGCAGACAAUUAUUACUCCAUUUUCAGUGGUGUAAGACACCAACAUAUCGAUUUUUUCAUCCUGCUCAAGCGAAACAUUGAUUGA